AUGUCUGAUGAACUGAACUUCUGGUUCUGCCAUGAGAAGGCUCAAACACCUCCUGAGGAAAAAACCAUCCUACAGGAAAAAGAAUGCAGCUGCCCCAGCUCAGGGCCAGGGCCACGUGGCGCCGCCCAGGGACCCCGGGUCAUCCUGCGUGUGGGAGGGGGACCUCAGGAAGCAGGGGCCUGCGGGUCCCCAGGUGCGGUGGGGGAGGUGAGUGCCGUGCGGGCACUAGCUGGUGGGUCGGGCGAGGAGGCCACCAUCUUCAGGGUGAGGGUCAUGCGGCAAGGCGCGGUCCUGGAGGAGGGAGAGGUGGCGGGGAUCAGGGAGGAGUUGGGGCUGCUGGUGGAAGACAUCAUGCAAGUGGUGGAGGCGGGGGCGGAGGAGGAGCAGGAGGAGGUGCAGGCGGAGGAGCGGGAGGAGAAGCCCCAGCAGCAGGGGCAGGAAGAGCCAGGGGGGGACCCGGGACCCACGACCGCCCGGCCCCUGCUGGAGGCGCUGGCGGCCCUGCAGUUAGAGCUGAGCACUCUGAAUGCCCAAGCCAGCAGGGCCUACACUUGGCUCAAGCGCAUGAUCGGUCAAAGGCGGAAGCCUCACUUGGAUGGAAGAAGGGCCAUCAUCUGGGGCAUCCCUGGCUUCUGGGCCAGAGCCAUCAUGAACCAACCCCAGAUGUCGGCCAUGAUCAGUGACCAAGAUGAAGACAUGCUUAGCUACAUGAUCAGUUUGGAGGUGCAGGAACUGGGCCAUCCCAGGCACCGCUGCAAGUUGAUGUUUUUCUUUCGGAACAACUCCUACUUCUGGAACGACAUGAUCAUUAAGGAGUAUCACCUGAGCAUCGCUGGAUAUAGGGCGUCUCGUUCCACUCCAGUUCAGUGGUUCUGGGAUAAUGAACAAGGUGCCCCCAGCCGCAGGCAGGACACCACCAGCCUUAACUUCCUCAACUGGUUGUCUGACCACAACUGCCCAGGGUCUAACAGGAUUGCUGAGAUCAUCGGUGAGGGCCUAUGGCCCAAUCCCCUGCACUACUACCCCAGGGAGGAAGGCGCUGGGGGAGCUUCAGAGUUUGGCCAAAUAGCACAAGAGGCAGGAGGCGUCUACAGAUGCGGGGGACGGAUGGAUGUAUCUACCUACGCGGUUCUGGUGCCCAGGGGGGAAACGAGGAAAGGAUGGCCAGUGAAGGUUCCAGAGAGCAGAGCCCCACGUGCCAGGAGUGACGCCCAGAGAGACAUAAACAAGUUAACAAGUGAAAAAAAAAAAAAAAAGAAUUAG